AUGCGCUCCCUCCCCAGUCUGCGGGGGCCCCGGGCGCCGCCCCUGCCGCUGCUCCUCCUGUGCCUCCUCGCCCCGGUGCGCCGGAGCUCGGAGGACGGCCGUACCCCAGGUGUGAUGGUUGCUGGGCCAAGGAGGGGGCGGAGAGCGCGCGGGGAUGCUGGCGACUCUGCAUCUUUCACAAGCCUACCUGUCCGGGAAGAAAUGUUGGCAAAAUACUCUAACCUUUCCUUGGAGAGUCAUAACAUAUCACUGACUGAACAUUCCAAUAUGCCAGUCGAAAAAAAUAUCACUUUAGAAAGACCUUCUAAUAUAGAACUCACAUGCCAAUUCAUGGCAUCUGGAGAUUUGAAUUCAGUAAAUGUGACUUGGAAAAAAGGUGAUGAACUACUUGAGAAUAAUUACGUCAUCAAUGUAACAGGAAGCGUCCUGUAUACCCAAUACAUGUUCACCAUCGUGAAUAGCGAACAAAUGGGAAGUUAUUCUUGUUUCUUUGAGGAGAAAAAGGAACAAAGGGGCACAUUUAAUUUCAAAGUCCCUGAACUUCAUGAAAAAAAGAAACCGUUGAUCACUUAUGUAGGGGAUUCAGUUGUCUUGAUGUGUAAAUGUCAAGACUGUUUUCCUUUAAAUUGGACCUGGUACAGUAGUAAUGGGAGUGUACAGGUUCCUGUUGGUGUUCCAAUGAACAAUAAGUAUGUGAUCAAUGGAAAAAAUGCUAAUGAAACAAGGCUCAAGAUAAUGCAACUUUCCGAGGAAGAUCAGGGAUCUUACUGGUGCCAUGCAAUAUUCCAAUUAGGCGAGAGUGAAGAACACAUUGAACUUGUCGUGCUGAGUUACUGGGUGCCUCUCAAAGCAUUUCUUGCAAUAGCUGUUGAGGUUGUUCUUUUAGUGGCUAUUAUUCUGCUUUGUGAAAUGUACACCCAAAAGAAAAAGAAGCACUCAGAUGAUGGGAAGGAAUGUGAACAAAUUGAACAGCUGAAAUCAGAUGAUAGCAAUGGUAUAGAAAAUAAUGCCCCCAGGCACAGAAAAAAUGAAUCUGUGGGCCAAUGA